AUGCGCAAGGUCAAGAACCCAAUGCCGGUUCCUGGCACACCCUACAUCGUCCCCGCAGACCACGUUCUGCUAGCAUCUCCCGGCGUGACCGCUCUUAGUGAUGAGUACUUCCCCAACGCGAGCCGCUGGGACCCCCAUCGCUGGGAGAACCGAGUUGAGAAGGAGGAUGAAGGGGAUAUGGUCGACUACGGCUAUGGUACCGUGUCCAAAGGAACAUCCAGUCCUUAUUUGCCCUUUGGUGCUGGCCGCCAUCGCUGCAUUGGAGAGAAGUUUGCCUAUGUUAACCUGGGAGUAAUCGUGGCGACAAUGGCGCGACACAUGAAGCUGUUCAAUGUAGACGGCAAGAAAGGGGUUCCUGCCACAGACUACUCGUCCAUGUUCUCCGGUCCCUCGAAACCAGCGAUUAUUGGUUGGGAGCGACGUUUCCCAGAAAAGUCAUGA